UCUAUUGGCUGAACUAGCUGCUGGUGACAUGGUUGCUAUUAAUGCUGUUUAUCAUCGUGCAUGCCUGACUAGGCUCUAUAGAAAAGCAGAAACUGUUGGAUGUGACUCAACUGAAAGUAAUGCAACUCAGGUCAUCAGAGCACAUGUCCUCAAUGAGUUGCUUGAAUACAUCGAGGACUAUCGUUGCUCAGGGGAAUCACUGGCAAUGUCUGACUUGACAGCCCUCUAUGACGAGCGCAUUGCUGAUCUUGGAUUCCCAAACAUCAAAUGCAACACCACACGCCUUCGGGAGGAUAUUGAACGCCUGAUUCCUGACAUCAGAUCAGUACAAAUAAAUCGUGUCUGGUCCCUUGUAUUUGAUGAUGACCUGAGCAAAGCUGUUGCUGACAUGAAAAACAACACUUCUACCGAUGUCUCCAUCAUCUUCAAAGCAGCCAAAAUCCUCCGGCAAGAGUAUCUCCCCAUGAAGCAUGCUUUUACAGGUACCUUCUCAACUUCCUGUGAAGCUGAUUCUAUCCCUCCCAUGCUGAGAUCGUUCUUACACAUGCUUCUUGAUGGAUCAGGUAUUGAUCAGCCACCUCCUGGACCUGAGAAGUCCCAGGCUGCAACAUCCAUUGGGCAGCAAAUAAUUUUCAACUCUGUAAGAUGCAGAUCCAAGAAACAUGGCAGUGUUCCUCGUCACAUAAGAGAGAGGGAAACACCAGCUUCGCUAUAUCUGGCAAUGAAACUACACCAGCAAAGUGGUAGUAGAUAUCUGGUGGAGGCCAUGCAUAAAAGAGGAAUGUGUAUGUCAUAUGACCGCUUGAAAACAUUUAGCAUAGAUAUAGCGAAUUCAGUGAUCAGUCACUGGGAGCAGAUUGGUGUCGUGGUCCCACCUCAGGCAGUCAAGGGUGUCUUCACCAUUGGUGGUUUUGAUAACAUUGACCACAACCCAUCAUCGACAAUAGCAACAUCAGCCCUCCAUGGAACAUGCAUCAGCAUUCAACAGCACUUCUCUUCAGACAGCCAACAGACUGAGAAUCUGACUGACAUCCUAGAUCCAGCUGAAAUGGGGAAGAAGCAUGUGAAAUCCUUGCCACCUCACUACACAACCAUGGAUCUGGAGGUAUCACUGCCAACUGAUGAGGUCUUGUAUGUUCCUGCCCUGAAUACCAACAGCCAUCCUCAUCCAGCCUCCCGUCCUCUCAUCAAUGUAAUUGAAGAAGGCUACCAGUGGUUAGAGAGAGUCAGAAACAUUCUCGUGAAAGAGAACCUUGAAGCCGGGGAAUGGAUCUCAUGGGCUGCAUAUUAUGCCAGCAUCACAGAGGCUACUUCACCUCCCCCAUCCAAAUCAUACAUGUUGCCACUGUUCACAGAGCCCUCUACCAGCCCCACUAUGGCUUGGCAUGCAAUGAAAGUCCUCAGACAAACAAUCAGCUACCUCAAUCCAGGUCAGACACCAGUCAUGGUAGCUGAUCAACCACUCUUCACACUGGCCAAGAAACUUCAGUGGAAGUUUCCUCAGACCGAGCUUGGCGAGGAUUCCUUCCUGGUAACACUGGGCCCAAUGCAUACCGAAAAGAUGCUGUGGAGCGUGUCUGGUGACUGGCUGGAUGGCAGCGGGUGGACCACAGCUCUUAUCAAUAGUGGCAUCUCGACUAGUGGCAAAGCUCAGGCCUUCAUUAGUGUUCACCACAUAUGCAGAACCCGAUACAUGCAUCAGGUGUCUGUAGCUGCUCUCUAUGUGCUUAUGAAGAAGGCUUAUGAUAAGUACAUGAAGAAGGCAAAAAAUGACAAUGAUGAGCCGAGCGAUCUCAUCACUCAGCCUUUUGAUGAAUGGCUCAAGACGCUUUGUGCCUCACAGCCCCAAGCAGAUUUCUGGUUCAAGUCCAUGGAGCUGGAUCUUCUCAUUCUUCAGUUUGUCAAGUCCUGUCGCUCAGCAGACUUCUCCCUCUACAUGGAGACACUUGACUCUCUGAUGCCAUGGGUAUUUGCACUGGAUCAUACGAACUAUGCCCGGAACCUACCCAUCCAUCUCCGUGAUAUGGCUACAUUAGAAGAACGACAUCCUGCUCUGUUUGUGGAGUUCCAGAGUGGUCACUUCAUGGGGCAGAAGUCGAGACGAGCGUUCUCCAAGAUCCCCCAUGACCAGAUGCAUGAGCAACUAAUUGAUUGGCUCAAGAAUCAUGGUGGUGUCAUAGAGAACCUGGACGACCCAGACACAGUUCGCCGAGAGCAGGUUGUUCGCCCUGAGCUGGCACGCCUAGUCCGAGAAUUCGAGGGAUCAAAGGAAUCAGAUGAACGGAGGCACCAUGAACAAUACCCAAAAUUUCAAGAUGACUAUAAGACUGAUGUACUGGCACUGGUGGAUGCCUUUGAGGAUCUGGGAAAUCCCUUCAUGGAGGAUAGUGGGGAUCUGCUGGACUUAGAUGAAUCAAUCGUCAUGCCCCCAGAUGUGGUAGACAGUGUAAGGGAAGCGAAGAACAUUGGAAUGAAAAGAUACACAGUAUUUGUUGACAAGCGAGUGAGGUCACAGGAGGAGGCAUUCACAGCUCCAAUACCACUCACCAGGCUGAAGUUGUUCAAGGCUCCAAUUUCCCAACGAUGCAACAAAUCAGAGGUGGCUGUGGUCAAGGACCAACAAGCAAAAAUGACCCAACUUUUGCUGGCUGUUCAUUCUGGUCGCAAAAUUGAUGAGGGAGUGUUCUCACAUGAAAGUUCUCCCCAUCCACCUUCACUCACUCGGAAGGGAAAAAUGCAUCACGGAAACAAGAGUGAGAUUCUAGAUUGCAUUGUCCCCAGAAAUUUAGACAACCACAGACCUGUGACAACUGCAGCUGUGCUGGAUGGUGCUGUCCUUGUUCAGAUGCUUCGUCCUGGAAGUGCUGUGACCAUUGGACAAUAUUUCACAGAUGUGUUUGCACCAUACAUCCAUUCCUGGUUUGAAAGAAAUGACCGCGUUGACAUUGUCUGGGAUGUGUACUCUAAGACAAGUUUGAAGUCCGGAACUCGGGAGCAAAGAGGCACUGGUGCAAGAAGGAGGGUUACUCUCUCAACCAAAGUUCCUGGCAACUGGGCUUCCUUCCUACGAGUGGAUCUGAACAAGCAGGAGUUGUUCAUGGAGCUAGCCAAAAGCUUGAAGCUCAUGACACUUCCACAGGGCAAGGAGCUCUUCACCACUAUGCUUGAGGACUGUGUAAGUUCACCAGCUGGCAUUGACACUGAUGCACUGGCCCCUUGCACACAUGAGGAAGCCGAUACACGGAUUUUCCUGCAUGUGGCUGCCGCUACUGUUGCUGGACAUCGUCGAGUGAUUGUCCGCAGCAGUGAUAGUGAUGUUGUUGUACUGGCCAUUGCCACCUUUGUCGACCUUGGACAGAAGAUCGACAAACUCUGGAUUGCCUUUGGUGUACGGCGCCACUUCAGGUACAUUCCAGCACAUGCCAUUGCUCACAGUCUUGGACCAUCCAAGGCAAUGGCACUGCCAGCAUUUCAUGCCCUAACGGGGUGUGACACUACCUCUGCAUUCUUUGGCAAAGGCAAGAAAACAGCCUGGUCUGUGUGGCAGUCCCUGCCUGAGCUCACCUUACCACUUCAGCUGCUCUCUGGCCCAACCCCCACCACUGAGAUGAUCAGAACCCACACACCCACCCUCCAGAGAUUUGUCCUGAUGCUCUAUGGUGUAUCUGAGGACAACAUCACAACUGUGGAUGCUGCGCGACUCUCCCUCUUCUUCCACAAAGGAAAAGACUUUGACCACAUGCCACCAAGCAGUGAUGCACUCCAUCAGCACCUCCUUCGAGUAGCUUAUCAGAGUGGACAUGUAUGGGGCAAUACACUUGUCAAAGACCAUGCAACAGUAUCGCCGUCUCUAUGGGGAUGGCAGCAGGAUUCCCCAGACUCUCCACCAACUCCUGUCUACACUACAACUGCCACUAUUUCAAAGGACUUGCCAGAACUUGUCAUUUGCAAGUGUAAGACUGACUGUAAGGCACCUUGCAAAUGCUGCAUGCAGAGGCUGCCUUGCAUGUCUCUCUGUGGAUGUCGUGGCUCAUGUUCCCACAGUGGUGCAGACAUCUAAAUAGAAAAUCAUCUUAGUGAUGUAUUUACACUAAACUAUUAGUCUUCAUCACUAGAACAUUGUAGGUAUGGCAUUGCCUACUUCUAAACUGUGAACAUAGUUAUGAACUUGUUGUCUCACUAAUCAGUUCCUUUGCAUCAAUAAUACACAUAUUCAACACUAAGUUGUUAUUUAUUAAAUUAUUAUUAAGUUGUGAAUGGACUGUGUGUUUGGCAUGCGUUUUUUAAUAAAAAAUUGCAUACUUUACCUCCAAUUGUCAUGGUAAGGACAAAAUUAUUGUUUUUUAGUCUUGGAACCUAUUUUAUUGGCCUCCUUGACCCCAAAUAUGUACACGUUGAUACCAAAUUUGUCAUUAUAGCUAUAACAGAAGCAAAGAUAUGGGCCUCUCAAGUAUGGUCGGCGGCCAUUUUUAAAAAAUGUGCAUAUAUAAGAUACAAAAUGUGAUCUCACUUGUGUCUUAGGAUAAAUUUAUUUCUAUGGCCCUAAGGUACUUCCAUACCAAAGGGGACAUUUGCAUCAUGACUUGAAGUCAAAAGUCACUUAACCUCCCUAC